AUGGGCUGGUCAUAUAAUGAGAAGGACAGACGACAGAUGGACACUAAGAACUUAGGAAUGGUACAUCGAUGGGCUGGUCAUAUAAUGAGAAGGACAGACGACAGAUGGACACUAAGAACUCUGGAAUGGAUCGCUCGCGAAGUAAAACGUCCUCGAGGAAGGCCAACGACCAGAUGGGCUGACGUGUUUGUGGCCGGGUGGACCAGCUGA